GGGAAAAAGACAAGCCCUAACAAAACUACUUCUCUUCAUUCUGCCUUCCUGCUUCAGUCUCAUGAAACUCGUGCAGCUCUUAUCUCUUUUGGAGGUGCAGCUCGAGGCGUCUGCAUUUUCCUCUCUCUGACAGGUCUACGGUUUUAAACUCAAGUUUAUUAAAAGUGGUGACAUGGUUUCACAAAACUGCAGCAUUAAGGAUUUCAAGGAGUCCGUGUUUCCCGCUGCCUACCUGCUUGUCUUUAUUCUGGGUGUUGUAGGACACUUGGUCUCCAUGUACAUCUUCUUCUGUGUAUGGAGGAAGAAGAGAUGUCUGACUACGGUCAACCUGUUCAUGGUUAAUCUGCUGGUGUCAGACCUUAUGCUGGUGUGCUCGUUGCCUUUCAGAGCUUCUUACUAUCUUUCGGGGUCUCGUUGGAAAUACGGCAGGGUGCCCUGCCGUCUCAUAUUCUACGUCUUCUACCUGAACAUGUACACAUCUAUCUACUUUUUGGUUUCCCUUAACAUCAUGCGGUAUUUGGCGAUGGUGCAGCCGUACCGCUACAAACGCUUGCAGAGAUGGUGUAAUGGACCAUUUGUUUGUCUGUUUAUCUGGCUGUUUGUUGCGCUGACCACCAGUCCUUUGCUGUUUCUGACCCAGGGUAAAAAUACGACCAUAGAUAACAGUCACGAAUGCAUGGAGUUACGAAACAACAACCAAAGCAUCCAGAUUUUAAUCUUUAUCAACAACACAACUCUGACCGUGGGCUUUGUGUUGCCUUUGGCAUGCACCUUGUGGUGCUCUGUGUUUGUAGCCUACAGACUGUGGAGGCCUGGGCCAUCCCAGCAGACGAUCACCAUCAUGAAGAAGAAAGCCUUUGCUUUGGUCAUCAUCAGCCUCUGCUUUUUUAUCAUCUGCUUUUUACCGUAUCAUGCCAUGAGGACAGUCUUUUUAUAUACAGAAUUGGGUGUGAGCAAUGACAAGUUUGGCAGUUCUUGCAAUGUUGUCUGGAUAGUACGUAAAGGCGCGGUAGUGACACUUUGCUUGAGUGUAGCCCACAGCUGCCUGGAUCCUAUCCUGUUCUUUUUUGUUGGAGAAAAUUUCAGGUCUUUCUUUACGCAGCAGCUGAGGAGAUGGAGAACAGAUACAGGCAACAGAAAAAGAGGCCAGCAGGGGGCAGAGUUGAAGAUCCUACAAAAAUAAGACUGUAACAAAUAAGACAAAGGGUUCAAAUGACUCAAUUGCUUGUACCGGGGGAAAAAAUCGCAGGAUAUCAGAUGUUUAUCUUUUUUUGGCUCAAUGAUUCUUAAAAAAAAAAAAUUGUUUAUUACAAUGUACACAUCAUUAUGUCUCUCUAAAGGUUAUGUUUGAGGAGCAUUACACUAUCCAAACAUUAAGUAAUGUACUUGGCAGGUUGUAAAAAGCUUCGCUUGCAAUGUUUAUUGUUCCUGAUGUGAUGACGAAGUUAAACGUAAGUUGUUUUGCAAUAUUUAAUAAUGUUGCUUAUAAAACAUUCUCUUAUGGCUGAAACUAAUAUUACUGUACAUAAAAAGAUAUAAAUUAGUGUAACCUACUCAAACGUAAUGACAAAUAUACUGAAAACUUGGCAAUGUUUACUUUUUCUUUCUUGAGAAAUACAAAUGUGAAAUGAAGGAAGACAAAUAAUAUUUAACAAUCUAUAUAAAUGUAGUGCAAUGUACCUCAAUCCAUAGAUUACUGACAACACUUCAUACCAUCAAUUAGUUUUAGCUGGGAAUGGCAAACACAUUUUUAUAAUCUCUGAAAAUGACACAGUUGUCUGUGGGUGUACUUUAUGAUUUUGCUGAGCAUGUUGGGAUAUUUUAAAAUAGCUAAUAUGGGUGGGUCAAAUUCUUUAAAAAGCAAGUGGGAGCAUUUCCUUCUACAUUUAGCUAAUAUGUAGAUGACACUCUUAUUAAAAGUGCAAACAGCUGAAGUUGCAGCAAUGCAGAGAACCUGGAAAAUCUGUAAGUGUUCAUAAACAUGACCUAAAGACUGAAUCUAGCUUUAAAUGAUUACAUUUUUAGUACCAUUGUGACUAAAGACAGCUAACAUAGAGAGAAAUGUGGGAAAUACUUUUAUUAAAGUCUCAGUGUCAUCUAAAAUCCACCACCUGGAGGAUAUGAAAUUCAUCGGACUGCUACAAAUAGCAUCCAGUGGUAAUGGCAAAAGUGAAACACAGUAAAUGAAACAUGCUAAUGGGGGGAAAAUGAGCUUAUUAUCUUAAACUUACUUUGUAGAACAUUAAUGCAAACCUGUUUUCUAAACAAUUGGCAUCACAGGCUGGAUCACAGAAACUGAUGAUAUAAUCAUUUUAAUCACAUUUAGAAAAAUUAAACAAACUCUGUAAUCUUACAAUUCAGCAUGGCGGUAUAAUGAUUAGCAAUGUGGCCUCCUCACACCUUCAAGGUCUGUGUAAAUGGAGUUUACAUGUUCUCCCUGUGCAUAGUAAGUUUCCUCUGGGUAUUCCAGUUUCCUCCAACAAUGCAAAUACAUGCAAAGUAAGCUGAUCAGUGUUUCCAAAUUUCAAAUUGUGUGAAUGAGUUUGUGUGCCCUGCGAUGUCAUCCAGGGAGUACCCUGCCUCGUGACCCAGGUCUUCUGAAAGAGAUAAUAUAGAGGGUGCAACAAAACAUGGAGAACACCUUAACACCUGGUUUGGAAUAGAAUUGACCAAAAUUUUAUAUUGACUUUUAGGGAUGCUGCUAAGAGGGAAGGGGCCUUUAAGAAAAAACAAAUCCAAGGGCCCAUGAGUUUCAUCAAGGUUGGGGACUCAGUAAGUUAGGUUUUCAGAGAGCCUAGAAUCAGCAGUGGUGC